CUUGUUGUUGCUGUCUUCACAGCACUAUGUAGAGGUAAAUAGAUCAUCGUGACUCACAUCAUCUUCGCUGCUGCGCUGAACGACAUAUCAUUCCCUCACAAACACAGUCGUGAUGGGGUUUCACAGAAGACGGUCCUCCGUUUCGAAGGUUUUCAUCCUUCCCCGUUUACUCUGCCUUAUGUGUUUUUCUGUCAUUUGUCUGGCGGAAAACACUGAAAUGGUGAAUGCGGUGACGGAAAGGAAAGCAGAGGAGAGUCACCGGCAGGACAGCGCCAAUCUGCUCAUCUUCAUCAUGUUACUCACACUCACUAUUCUCACCAUAUGGCUCUUCAAACACCGUCGCUUCAGGUUCCUCCACGAGACGGGUCUGGCUAUGAUCUACGGCUUGUUCGUGGGUGUGAUUCUGCGCUUUGGAAUCCAUUCACCACAAGACUUAAAUGAUGUUACAUUGAGCUGUGCAGUGAACAGCAGCCCCACCACACUGCUAGUGAACGUGAGCGGCCGUUUCUACGAGUACAGUCUGAAAGGAGAGGUCAGGGAUAGCAAGGGCCAUGAAGUGCCAAACGCAGAGAUGCUCAGGAAGGUUACUUUUGAUCCGGAGGUUUUCUUCAACAUUUUGCUUCCACCCAUCAUCUUUCAUGCAGGAUUCAGCCUCAAACGAAGGCAUUUUUUCAGAAAUUUGGGCUCUAUCCUCUCCUAUGCCUUUGUGGGCACGAUGACAUCAUGUUUUGUUACAGGGUUGGUGAUGUACGGCUGCGUGGUGUUUAUGAAAUUGAUUGGUCAGCUUGGAGGGGAUUUUUUCUUCACUGACUGCCUGUUCUUCGGUGCUAUUGUCUCUGCGACAGACCCAGUGACCGUUCUGGCCAUUUUCAAUGAGCUGAAAGUUGAUGUGGAUCUCUACGCAUUGAUGUUUGGAGAGAGCGUUCUCAAUGAUGCGGUGGCCAUCGUCCUGUCAUCGUCUAUAGUGGCAUACCAGCCCGAGGGAGACAAUCGUCACACAUUUGAUGUCAUUGCCCUGCUCAAAUCUCUGGGUGUCUUUCUGGGUUUUUUCAGUGGGUCUUUUGCAAUGGGGGCUGCGACUGGAGUCAUGACAGCUCUGGUCACAAAGUUCACGAAACUGAGAGAUUUCCCCUUGCUGGAAACAGCCCUGUUCUUCCUCAUGUCCUGGAGUACUUUCCUAUUGGCUGAGGCCUGUGGCUUCACUGGUGUGGUGGCUGUGCUCUUCUGUGGCAUUACUCAGGCUCACUACACAUACAACAACCUUUCUGCUGAAUCUAAGACAAGAACUAAAGAGUUGUUUGAGCUGCUGAAUUUCCUGGCGGAAAACUUCAUCUUUUCAUACAUGGGCUUGACACUUUUCUCAUUCCAGCACCAUGUGUUCAAUCCCAUCUUCAUAAUAGGUGCUUUUCUCGCCAUAUUUCUUGGCAGGGCAGCUAAUAUCUACCCCUUGUCUUUCCUGUUAAACCUGGGCCGCAAGAACAAAAUUGCAUACAAUUUUCAACAUGUCAUGAUGUUUUCAGGGCUUCGAGGAGCCAUGACCUUUGCCCUCUCAAUCAGGGACACAGCGACAUAUGCCAGGCAGAUGAUGUUCUCCACCACCCUACUCAUAGUUUUCUCCACUGUGUGGGUGUGUGGAGGAGGGACCACCCCCAUGCUUUCACUAAUGCAUAUCAAAGUGGGAGUGGACACAGACCAAGAGAAUGCAGUCACAGGACCAGAUGGAAUACCACAAAGAAGCACCAAGCACGAAAGUGCCUGGCCGUUCAGACUGUGGUACACAUUUGACCACAAUUAUUUAAAGCCCUUCCUCACUCACAGUGGGCCUCCACUCACUACCACACUGCCAGCCUGCUGUGGUCCAAUAGCACGCUGUCUGACCAGCUCACAGGCCUAUGAGAUGGACGCAUAGUGAUUCUUUUUUGAAGCAAUUUGUGCUAAAUUGCUAAAAGGUGCUAUAUAAAUAAAUAAAAAAUAAAGUUGUUAUUAUAAUUCAUUGGGUUUAAUUAUAAUCGAGUUAUAAAUUCUGAAAUUGAUGCAUUACAUUUUCAUUGUUAGAUUGAUGCAUUUUUACACUUCAAAUAAUACAGUUUAGUAAAAGACAUUAUUCAACUGUUUAACUAUUAUACAUAAGUAUAAUAGUUAUAUGUUUAAUGUUAUAUGAGUGUUUCUUCAACUUCAGGAAACUUCAUGUCCCAGGGGUUGAUUUUUAUUAAUACUAACAGAUUCAAAACUAACAGAAUCCAGUUUUGUCAUUUCAUGAUCCACAAGAUCAUUGCGUGUAAUGUCUAAAGGUUGAUUUUGAGGCAAUUUGAUAUAAUGUUUAAUAUUAUUUAAAUUGUUGUAAAUUUAUGUAGCUAAUAAAUAUUCUGGAAAUUACCACAUUUAUUUUGAAACAAAAUACUUAAAGUUGAAGUCAGAAGUUUACAUAAACUGAGUUUAAAUGUAUUUGGCUAAGGUGUUUCACAAUUCCUAACAUUUAAUUGUAGAAAACAUUCCCUGUCUUAGGUCAGUUAGGAUCACUACUUCAUUUUAAGAAUGUGAAAUGUCAGAAUAAUAAUAGAGAGAAUGAUUUAUCUCAGCUUUUAUUUCUUUCAUCACAUUCCCAGUGGGUCAGAAGUUUACAUACACUUUGUUAGUAUUUGGUAGCAUUGCCUUUACAUUGUUUAACUUGGGUCAAACGUUUUGGGUAGCCUUCCACAAGCUUCUCACAAUAAGUUGCUGGAAUUCUGGCCCAUUCCUCCAGACAGAACUGGUGUAACUGAGUCAGGUUUGUAGGCCUCCUUGCUCGCACACGCUUUUUCAGUUCUGCCCACAAAUUUUCUAUCGGAUUGUGGUCAGGGCUUUGUGAUGGCCACUCCAAUACUUUGACUUUGUUGUCCUUAAGCCAUUUUGCCCCAACUUUAAAGGUAUGCUUGGGAUCAUUGUACAUUUGGAAGACCCAUUUGCAACCGAGCUUUAACUUCCUGGCUGAUUUCUUGAGAUGUUGCACCCCCACAACAUGAUCCUGCCACCCCCAUGCUUCACAGUUGGGAUGGUGUUCUUCGGCUUGCAAGCCUCACCCUUUUUCCUCCAAACAUACCUGUUUCCUCCAGCAUCUUCACAAGGUCCUUUGCUGUUGUUCUGGGAUUGAUUUGCACUUUUCGCACCAAACUACAUUCAUCUCUAGGAGACAGAAUGUGUCUCCUUCCUGAGCGGUAUGAUGGCUGUGUGGUCCCAUGGUGUUUAUACUUGUGUACUAUUGUUUGUACAGAUGAACGUGGUACCUCCAGGCAUCUGGAAAUUGCUCCCAAUGAUGAACCAGACUUGUGGAGGUCCACAAUUUUUUUUCUGAGGUCUUGGCUGAUUUCUUUUGAUUUUCCCAUGAUGUCAAGCAAAGAGGCACUGAGUUUGUAGGUAGGGCUUAAAAUACAUCCACAGGUACACCUCCAAUUGACUCCAAUUAGCCAAUUAAUCUAUCAGAAGCUAAUUGCCUAAAGGCUUGACAUCAUUUUCUGGAAUUUUCCAAGCUGCUUAAAGGCACAGUUAACUUAGUGUAUGUAAACUUCUGACCCACUGGAAUUGUGAUAAAGUCAAUUAAAUGUGAAACAGUCUGUCUGUAAACAAUUGUUGGAAAAAUUACACAUGUCAUGCACAAAGUAGAUGUCCUAAACGACUUGCCAAAUUUAUAGUUUGCUAAAAUGAAAUCUGUGGAGUGGUUAAAAAAUUUGUUUUAAUGACUUCAACCUAAGUGUAAGUAAACUUCUGACUUCAACUGUGUUUGUCAUUUUCAAUUUUGUUCAAGGUGAUUAUACCAAUACAUUUUUCAAUAACUGUCCAAUAAGUGAAAGGAUAACAUUUGGGGUAAAAAGCCUCCCUGUUGCAGGGGCUAAAGGCCCCUAUUAAACACAUUGUUUUCCAUUGGGAGGGUUAAUUUGUUAACAGAAUACUUGAGAUGUAAUGAAAUGUCAAAUAUGAAGAAAUGAUGCACCCUUUUCUGAAGUGGUAUUUUUGAAUAAGUAUUAUAAUUUGUUAUUCAAAAAAGCAUCUUGCUGUCUUAAAAGUAUUUGCAUAAGUUGACAAAUUGUGCCCUAUAACUACUGCCCCAAUAUGUAUACUAUAUCAAUAUAAACCCCCUGGGGGCGUUUUACCCCAAGUGAGGGAGCAUUUUACCCCAGGUGUGGGGUAAAAGGCCCCCUCGCCACCUUUUAAAAAUAAAAUACAUACAAAAAUGAAUUGUAUUCAAAACAACCUUCUGUUGUUAAUUCUUUUAACACAAAUUAUGUUGCUCCAUCAAUAUUCAAUACAAAAUAAAUGUAUUUCUUGAAUAUUGAGACACUUUGUGACCAGAAAAAAAGCUUAUUUUCCUUAUGGUGUGCCUUUAGCUCCGUUGUACCCUAUUUUUCACAUGCCUUUUAUGUGCGAUUUUACAGUUUUGUCCCAGACCUUCAAUAUUAAACUAUGGAAAUCCAUUAUAAAAAUACUAAUUAUUAUAUGUUUAAAACUAUAAUAAUCUAAGCAGAGUGAAAUAAACAUAAACCAUUUCAAUAUUUAUUGUGUGAAAAUGAUUUAUUUUUCAUAAAUUAUGACUGUCCCACAGUUGUGGCGUCAUUUCCACCACACCAAACAUUUUUUUCCCCCCUAAAAAGUUUUUUUCAAAAAGUUAGUAUACUUGUUAACCAAGUUAACAAAGGUGCCAGUGAAGAGCAUGCUUGAGAUAAAUAAGUGAUGUUUGAAGAAAACAAAGAACAUUCAAUGUAAAUAUCAUUUGUGAGCAGAAUGUUUUUAUAGGGCAUCAUUUCCAGUCAAGCUGCAGUUUUGCCAAAUUAUGGAAAUGUCAUUUCCACCACAUAAUUUUAUUAAACACAAUACAGAAUUGGAGAUGUGCAGGAAAUGACAAAUGUGGUGGGAAUCAUGAUAAUAUAUAUAUAUAUAUAUAUAUAUAUAUAUAUAUAUAUA